AUUUUUGCACAUUUGCUCAUUUAUCCGUUUUCUUUUUGUUUUAAAUACAGAGGUGCCAUGGGGAACUCUGGUUUGAAGUGAAAGGAGGAUUAUCAGAAGAAAUGAAGAUACCAAAACUGUUCUGGGUUUUUGCUGCUUUCAUGUGUGCUGCUAUGUUUGCUAUAUACAUAAAAUGGAAUUUGAAUGUCAAAACAAGAGAUCUUCCUGAUGACUUGAACAAUCAGCUUGACGGCGAGACGAUUUUCUACGGCAUCAUGUUCAAUGCUGGAAGCACUGGGACACGCAUACAUGUAUUUAAGUUCUCACAGAAACCAAAAGAAAUUCCCAGACUAAUCCAUACCACAUUCAGAGCAAUAAAACCAGGACUUUCUGCUUACGCUGACAAUGUUGAUAAGAGUGCUGAAGGAAUAAAUGAGCUACUGGCGGUUGCUAAAGAGGAUGUCCCUGAGAAUUUGUGGAAGUCAACCCCUUUGGUCCUCAAAGCAACAGCUGGGUUAAAGCUUUUGCCAGGAGAAAAGGCUCAGGAACUGUUGGACAAGGUGAAGUCUGUUUUUCAACAAUCUCCAUUCUUAGUAGGGGAUGAUUGUGUCUCCAUAAUGGAUGGAACGGAUGAAGGUAUUUCUGCGUGGGUUACUGUCAACUUUUUAACAGGUAUGUGCUUAAAUAAACUGUAAUAUGUUGCUAUUUUUCUGAAAUAUAUAUUGAAUUGAAAUAAACCUCAAGAUUCAUAGCACUAUAUGUACUUAUUUAGAUGUAAGUGCUAUCUUUUCCUCAAGGACUGAUGCUUAGAUUGCAUUUAAUGAAAUAUCCUGUAUUCACGUACCGGCUGUUAGGAAUUGUAGAAAUUGAAUUCCAAAACACCUGGAGGUCUGAAGUUUGCC